UUCUCCAACUCAGGCCCUCGGAUGAGCUGAUCAGCCAGUGUUUCUCUGAGGACUAUCUACUUGUGCUUGUGCUGAAAUUCUUGGGAUGUCAUGUUACUCCCUGUACUGAGGUUCCAGACUGGCAAGAAGGAGCUUCUUCUCUCCUGACACUUGACUUCACCUUCUGAAGGGUGCAGGCAAAGACCCCCUCAUGGAAUGGAUCCAGUGGACUGCUCAGGGAGCCCCCAACCAGACCCAGGUUAGCAGAGUCCUGGAGCCCCUGCUGAGGAACCACGUGGAGGGGAAGAAUGACACCAACUCCACCAGGGCCCUGAAGCUUCCCGAAGGGACCAGCGCUGCCUGGUACAUCCUCACCAUCUUUGGCAUCUACGGAGUGAUUUUCCUCUUCCGGUUGGCUAGCAAUAUCCUCCGAAAGAAUGACAAGUCCUUGGAAGACAUGUAUUACUCAAACUUGACCUCUGAGCUCAACAAGCAAGGGCUUCAGAAAAAUGGAACCAAGUGCCCUGCCCUGACCACUAAUAACACAACUGUCCUACAGCCCAGCCAGGUCAGCCUGGGGCCAACGUGUAAUGACAACAGAUCCCACAUGGAACUUUAAGGAAUCCCUUGAAGGUCAAGGCCAACAAGCCUCCUUGAGGGCCAAGCUACCUGGGGCAGGCGGGGAGGGACGGACACCUUGGGGCUUAUCUAUAACCUUGAGAGAGGAGUCAAGCCCAAGAGUGAAGCUGGGAGACCUUUGAGAUGUGGGCACUUGUGGCUGAUGGGCAUAUGGCCAGAAUCCAGUAUCCUGUUUCCUUCUCAAGCAACCUGGCACCUUAAAGAAGUGGCUGGAGUUUUUUUUUUUUUUCAGUCAUGAGGCCCCCCCCCCCCCCACCCACGUGAAGUGUGUUCCAAGAAAAUAUCUAGAGAAGCAGUGCUGGAUUCUUGGGGUACCUAUGAUCCAAUGCUCUGAAACGUAGGCUGAAUAUGGAGUCUUGAAUGAAGAAACAACUGAACUUCAGGUGAGGAAAAGCUAGCACGUGAACUCUUGAGUAUCUAGUGAUUCAGCUGCAAACAUGAGGGCUGGGUGCUACAUUCCCAAGGGGAAUCUAAGAGUUCAGACUGGAAUAUAGAAGUCGGUUGUCAAUAUUCUAAGUUCUUCAUUUCAUCAGGAGUGGCCUCCAUUGUACAUUAAUUGUGGAGUCAGUAGAUCCUGAACUCUCGUCUGCUUUCUCCCCUGCAGGUGGGGACCAGAGGCUCGAACCCUGGUCACUGAGCUUUGGAACAUGUGCACUUAGCUAGGUGUACCAUUACCUAGCCCCAGUACUGCCUCUUCUUUUUUUAAUAUUUUUAUUUAUCUAUUACUGGAUAUAAACAGAGAGAAAUUAAGAGAAGAGGAGGUAAUAAAGAGGAAGACAGACAGACUGACAGAGAGAGGGAGAGAUCUGCAGCACUGCUUCUUUCCCUCUUCAGAUGGAGACCAAGGACUUGAACCUGGGUCCUUGUGCAUUGUAAUGUGUACGCUGAACCAGGUGCACCACCACCUGCCCCACCCCAGUACUGCUUCUUAAAAAAAAAUUGUAUUAGUGACUUACAAGGUUAUAAGAUUACAAGGUGGAGGCAGAGCCAAGAUGGCAACUUGGAGACAACACCUGGCAUGAGCUCUUCAAGGAGGCUGCUUCAAACCUGGGAAGUUCAGGUGAGGCCACCAGGUUCCAGAUGGUAGCAUGAUGCUAACCUGACUUCGCUGGGCACAUGACACCACCAAUGUGUCCUGGACCCCUACUUCCCCAGAGCCCUUCCCCACUAGGGAAAGAGAGAGACAGGCUGGGAGUAUGAAUCCACCUGUCAACACCCAUGUUCAGUGGGGAAGCAAUUACAGAAGCCAGACCUUCCACC